UCAUCAGCAUCCAAUUCAGUCCACGCGUCGACCCUCAUAUUUAAGAAGUUCAUUAGUGUUCAUCUUCUACCAAUUAAGCAUCGACGACGGAACUAUGGGCGGCUCCACCACACCACCACCUCCACCCUCGCCACUUCACUCCUCUUACUCUUCUCAUUUCAUCACCGCUUUCAACCGUCUCUUUGCCGCUGUCUACGCCGCCGCAAUUUUAGCUCUCUUCUAUCACCACAUCCUUUCCAUUCUUCGAAAUUCCUCCAUUUCAUCUUCCUUAAUCUCACUUGCCCUACUCGUAGCCGAUUUCAUUUUGGCCUUUAUGUGGGUUGCGGGGCAAUCUUUUCGGAUGAUCCCCGUCCGCCGUCGAGAGUUUCCAGAGAAAUUGAAACGGCUAGCAGAGGAGGAUUUCGAUUUUCCGGCGGUUGAUGUGUUUAUUUGCACGACGGAUCCUGACAAGGAGCCGCCGAUGAGCGUGGUAAACUCGGUAUUAUCAGUGAUGGCUUACGACUAUCCAGUUGGGAAGAUCUCUGUCUAUAUCUCCGACGACGGCGGCUCUGCUUUGACUUUGUUUGCCUUGACGGCGGCGGCGAAGUUCGCUAGACAUUGGGUGCCGUUUUGCAAGAAAAACGACGUCGUGAAGAGGAAUCCCGAGGCGUUUUUUGCAUCUACUGAUAAUGAGUUUUGGAACUUUGAUACUGAGAAGAUUAAGGAAAUGUAUGAAAAAAUGAAAAAGAAGGUGGAAGAUGUUAUUGAGAAAGGAGAGGUAGGAGAUAAGUUCAUCGAUGGAGAAGAAGAUAGGUUAACUUUUAACAAAUGGACCAAAUCUUUUACUCCUCAAUCUCAUCCUACCAUCAUUAAGGUAGUGUUGGAGAGCAAAAAUGAUAAAGACAUGAUGGGUCAUUCACUACCAAAUCUCGUAUAUGUCUCAAGGGAAAAAAGUAAAGCAUUUCAUCAUCAUUUCAAGAGUGGUGCCCUCAAUGCUUUGCUUCGAGUAUCUGCAACAAUGACCAAUGCACCAAUAAUUCUCACUCUCGAUUGUGACAUGUACUCAAAUGAUCCACAAACUCUAUUUCGAGCUCUAUGUUAUGCAUUAGAUCCAGAACUCAAAAGUAAUUUGGGUUACAUUCAAUUUCCUCAAUGCUUCAAAGGAGUCAGCAUAAAUGACAUCUAUGCUUCUGAAAUGAAGCGAACAUUCGAAAUAAAUUCCAUUGGUAUGGAUGGGCUUUUGGGACCAGAUUACUUUGGAACAGGGACCUUUUUUACUCGACGGGCUUUCUUUGGAGGCCCAUUAUCUUUAGAAUCUUUUGAACUUAGUCCAGAUUAUGUUGUAUGCAACCCCAUUCGUUCUAAACAAACUUUGGAUUUAGCCCAUGAAGUUGCAGCCUGUGAUUAUGAGAAUAACACUAAGUGGGGCUCCAAGGUGGGCAUUCGAUACGGAUCAUUGGCGGAGGACUUCUAUACAAGCUAUUGCAUGCAUUGUGAAGGAUGGAGGAGCAUAUUAUGCAAUCCAAAUAGGGCUGCUUUUUAUGGCAAUGCACCCAUUAGCCUUCUCGACGCUUUGAGUCAACUUAAGAGAUGGGCGGUGGGAGCGCUCGAGGUUGGUUUCUCCAAGUCCUGCACAAUCACGUAUGGGAUGAAAUCCAUUGGCGUUCUUAUGGGCCUUUGUUAUGCUUACUAUUCAUUUUGGCCCCUUUGGUCCAUUCCAAUCAUUGUCUAUGCCUUUCUGCCACAGUCGGCUCUCAUCUAUGGCAUCUCAGUUUUCCCAAAGGGUGAUGAAUUAUUGGUAUUACUAUACACUUUUCUUUUCUUUGGAGCCUAUGGACAAGAUUUAGUUGAGUUUCUGAUGUCGGGAAGCACGUUUGGAAAGUGGUGGAAUGACCAAAGAAUGUGGAUGAUAAAAGGAGUAUCAUGUUCUUUGUGUGGAUUCAUUGAGUUCGCACUAAAAUCUUUGGGGAUUUCGUCGUAUGGGUUCGAAGUAACGAGCAAAGUAAUGGAAGAAGAACGAACCAAAAGAUACAAUGAGGAGAAGUUUGAGUUUGGGGUCUGGACACCGAUGUUUAUACCGAUGACAAUGGCAGCAAUACUUAAUUUUGGAUGUUUAGUAAUCGGAUUUAUGAGAAUUUUCAAAGAUGGUUGGAAUAAUUUGGAUGAGAUAUCGAUGUUUGGCCAAAUGUUCAUUGCUGGAUUUGUGACACUCAAUUGUUGGCCAAUUUAUGAAGCUAUGGUGUUUAGGAAUGAUGAAGGAAAAUUGCCUCUCAGCAUUACCUUUGCAUCAAUAUUUUUACUUCUAGGAUUGCUUUCCAUACCUUUUUUCAUUUCUACUUAUUCACCUUACCUUUUGCUAUUUUAAAUUUUCUUUUGGAAUAUUCAUGUGUUGUAGUGAUAUAUAAUGAGCAAUUAUGAUAGGAAUUAAUAAGAGACUUCUGGAACUGAGAGAAGCAGACUAAAGUUUAUUAUAAUAAAACCCUCACUUUGAUACCA